UGCAUUGUAGCCAAAAAGAGGUUUUUAAAAUAACAUACGCUGGUAGGCCCAAGCGCGCCAACGAAACCAUUGAACUCAUCGCUCUUCUUCUACAUCUGCCGAUGAUGCUCCUCCUAUACAUGCAAAACGACAACAGUCCAGACUCGAAUCACCCCACAACCUAAUCAAAACGACAACACCAGAAUCAGAAAAAUGUCAGUCCUCCCCUCUCAACAUCUCUUCUCAGCCCCCGCUUCACCUUCUCGCAUCACUUUCUGCUACUUCAAAACCCAUAGUUUCUCUCCUCCUCCACUUCAUCACUGUCCAGUUAUCUCUUGCCACGUUAGCAGUCCUUCACAUUUUCGUAAUUUUCACUGCAACUCCCGAAACUCUCUCAAUUUCACUCCAAGACCCCAAAAUUUCACUCUCAAAGCCUAUCCAUCCGACGAAGCAGUACACAUACAGCAAGCAGAGCAGCAAAAUGAUAUCAAUCUCGAUUAUUUUCUCUCAAUUACUGAAUUACUGUGUUUUAUAUCGACGGCGGUUAUUACCGUUAGUUACGCGGUGAACUGUACUGUUUUGAGCUCAAAAUUGACUGUGUUAGCGCUGAUAGGUAACAGUAAAGCGGUGGCUUGGGGAUUAGUGAUGUUAGUGAGUGGAAUGGCGAUAGGCGCGUGGAUUAGGAGAAGGCAAUGGGCUAGGGUUUGUAAAGUAAAGGUUGGGGGAGGUAGAGAGAGUGUUAAUUUGAUUGAGAGGAUUGAGAAAUUGGAGGAGGAUUUGAAAAGUUGUGUUGCUAUUGUUAGAGUUUUGUCUAGACAGCUUGAGAAAUUAGGAAUACGAUUUCGGGUCACUAGGAAAUCUUUAAAAGAUCCCAUUGCCGAGACUGCAGCUUUGGCACAAAAGAACUCUGAAGCCACUCGAGCACUAGCAAUGCAGGAAGAUAUCCUUGAAAAGGAGCUUCGUGAAAUUCAGAAUGUCUUGCUGGCGAUGCAGGAGCAUCAACAAAAACAACUGGAGCUGAUUCUUGCGAUAGCAAAGAAUGGGAAGCUAUGGGAAAGCAGGCAAGAACAUGGCCAACAACAAGACAUGACUGAAUCGUCGGAUUUGACCAAGGGAGCUAUAAAGUUGGAAACCCAUGAAAAUCAGGCUUCAGGUGCAAGGAAGGGAUCUGGCAAUGACAGACCCUAAAAGUUUUGAAGUUUCGAACAUUCUUUGAAUUCUUCUUUCUUUUCCACCACAUAAGGUCUAUUUUCUCGACUAUUCUCUCCACACGACAGGUGGGCUUUUUCGGCACCAGUACAAGCCCCAGGUAAAAUUAUACAGCUUUUGAUCUGAUCUGCCGUUGAUGUUUGUGAAAUGAAAACGACAAAGGACUAAUAAAUUAGAAAGGUGUUGCGAUGUACCAUUGAGACUAAUUGUUAGUAGAUGUGUUUGUAAUGUUGAGGUUGUAAUUUGCUCUCGAGUUUCUCUUUCGGUAAUAGUUAAAAGAAACUCUCAUGAUA